AUGAGUUUCGACGAAGGAGAUUGGAGUCCCAUGAAGCACGUUGACGGUGACAGACUUGAAGGUUUCAGAGAGAGUUUGCCCCAGCGUGCUGAACGCUCUGAGGAGUUGAAGCAUCAGAUGGAGAAGGUGAAGGAGUACAUGGAUAAGUUGUCGAAGGCUCAGUCUGAGGUGGCCCGUUUGUUCGAGGAGCAGCUCGUCGAUGAGGCUGGAGACAGGGAAAGCGACCAUUUCCGUGAAGCUUGCAAGCUGUUCAUGACUCAAGCUGAAGCCUGGCGUAAUGCGGUCGAGAGUGCUCAGCCUAAGAUUGAUCGUGCUCUUUCUAGGGCCGACAUGGUUGCUGCUCAUUACAGACAUCUGGAGGGCGCGGAUGACUUGAGCGAUAUCGAUCGUGCUACUGCUAUGAAGGUGUAUCAGUCCGUGGAGUGCCCUGGCGCCGACUAUGCUAAGCUGCUGGUUCCGUAUUCUCGCUUCCUUGGUUUCUGUGCUCCUGCUAAGCAUACUGCUGAGAUUCUCGUCAAGGAUGUGCCCAGUGAGGUUCGCCGCGGAAUGAAGGACGUUCCCCAACCUGUUGUUCUCGCUGAGCGUUCUACUGAUCACGAUUCGGACAGCUCAUCGUCUUCCUCUUCUAACAACGUCAUCACCGUCGUGAAGGCUCUGACGCUUCGAGUCAUCACGAGCAUGAAGAGCACCACCACGAUGAUGACAAUGUCCAUCAUGGACGAGUAA